UCCAUUUCUCCGCGAGGGGGGGUUAAAGGCCCCCAAAAUAUGCAUAUGUGAAAAGGUCAAAAAGUAACCGUCAGUGACAGGGAGUCUUAACUAGAGAAGGAAACAGGACCAAACUGGCGGGCUCGGUGAAAACACAGCCGGCAGCGUCCCGGACGAGGAGGCAGCUUUCCUUGUGUUUGAGUGACAGCUUCCCAAAAAUUUGUGUUCCUAUGCGUAAAGAUGUCUUUGGUGGACUUGGGGAAGAGGUUGCUAGAAGCAGCAAGAAAAGGCCAAGAUGAUGAAGUGAGAACAUUGAUGGCAAAUGGUGCCCCAUUCACCACAGACUGGCUUGGAACAUCACCCCUCCACCUUGCAGCCCAGUAUGGUCAUUAUUCCACAGCAGAAGUGCUCCUUCGAGCAGGCGUUAGCAGGGAUGCCCGGACCAAAGUGGACAGGACUCCCUUGCACAUGGCUGCAGCUGAUGGACAUGCACACAUCGUGGAACUACUUGUUAGGAAUGGUGCAGAUGUGAAUGCCAAGGACAUGCUGAAGAUGACAGCUUUGCACUGGGCCACAGAGCACCACCAUCGAGAUGUUGUAGAGCUACUUAUCAAAUAUGGAGCUGAUGUCCAUGCUUUCAGCAAGUUUGAUAAAUCUGCCUUUGACAUAGCCCUGGAGAAAAACAAUGCUGAGAUUCUGGUCAUUCUUCAGGAAGCAAUGCAGAAUCAGGUGAAUGCUAAUCCUGAGAGAGCCAACCCUGUGACUAUGGGUACCCCAUUCAUCUUCACGUCAGGAGAAGUUGUCAACCUCGCAAGCCUUGUUUCUUCAGCCAGCACCAAAACAACCUCAGGUGACCCCCAUGCCUCCUCAACAGUACACUUCUCAAAUUCUACCACCUCAGUGCUGGCCACCCUUGCAGCUCUUGCUGAGGCAUCAGCCCCCCUCUGCAACUCACACAGAGCCACAGCUAAUUCAGAGGAAAUCAUAGAAGGAAAUUCUGUUGACUCAUCAAUCCAGCAAGUGGUGGGGAGUGGAGGCCAGAGGGUCAUCACCAUAGUGACCGAUGGAGUCCCUCUGGGUAAUAUCCAAACUGCAAUCCCUACUGGAGGCAUUGGCCAGCCAUUUAUUGUAACUAUGCAAGAUGGACAGCAAGUUCUAACUGUACCUGCCGGUCAGGUUGCAGAGGAGACUGUCAUUGAAGAAGAGGCAGAAGAAGCAGAGAAAUUGCCACUGACUAAGAAACCAAGGAUAGAAGAGAUGACAAACAGUGUGGAGGAAAGCAAGGAAGGCACUGAAAGAGAGCUACUUCAGCAGCAACUCCAGGAGGCUAAUCGAAGAGCCCAGGAAUACCGACAUCAGCUCCUAAAGAAAGAGCAGGAGGCAGAACAGUACCGCCUCAAGCUAGAGGCCAUGGCCCGACAACAGCCCAAUGGAGUUGAUUUCACCAUGGUUGAAGAGGUGGCUGAGGUGCUCAGUGUGUGCUGGCAGAGGGAGUGAGAACUACCAGUGCCGUAAUGUAAGGAACCAAAGAUUCUGACCAGAUGCUUCGUCACCUUACUGUCUUCUCUCCCACUAUGCCUGCUCCCUUUGCCUCUAUACUUUUGAAAGUGUUUCAUUGCUGGGAUUUCUUGGAGUUUUUUUUAAAAAAAGGGAAUACGGAUGGAGAGAGAGGGGUUAUGGAGAGGUCAUCAUCCUGGACUUGCUUGCUUGCUUGCUUUGUUGUAAAUUAGAAGCAACCAGAGGGAGCUGUGCCAAGUAAACAUUUGAAUGACUGUUUAGAAUAUGGUUUUCUUAAUUAUCAAUCAUGGGGAAAACAUACAUUUUUAAUUUGGAAUAAAAUGUGACAGUUAACAUGGUUCUGUUUACCUUGAUUAGUGAAGUAAUUUGCUGCAGUUUUCCAGAGGUACAGAAUCAUUUGGGGCUCAAAAUAGACUGAAAACAUAACUCCCCAAACCAAAUUUAACAAACAGAAUUGGAUAUUAGAGGUUUAUAGACAAAAAUAUCAGGGUUUUUUUUUGUUUUUUUUGUUUUUUUUAAUUAAUUAAUUUAUUUAUUUUGCCUGCGUUGGGUCUUUGUUGCUGUGCGCGGGCUUUCUCUAGUUGCGGCGAGCGGGGGCUACUCUUCGUUGCGGCACGCGGGCUUCUCAUUGCGGUGGCUUCCCUUGUUGUGGAGCAUGGGCUCUAGGUGCGCAGGCUUCAGUGGUUGCAGCACACGGGCUCAGUAGUUGUGGCUCGCGGGCUCUAGAGCGCAGGUUCAGUAGUUGUGGCACACGGGCUUAGUUGCUCCGCGGCAUGUGGGAUCUUCCUGGACCAGGGCUCGAACCCAUGUCCCCUGUGUUGGCAGGCGGAUUCGUAACCACUGUGCCACCAGGAAGGCCCAAAAAUAUCAGUUUUGAAAUUAAUCUUGGCUGCGGGCCACCGUAGCUAGGUUUUCUCCAUGGACCAAGUACUAAGCACUUCCCAGAUGAUCAGAGAUUAGUCUGCACUGUUGGGGAUGAUGGAGAAAUGCAGUGGAGCAGCCUAGGUAAGGGAGAGGGUAAAAUUGUGGUAUCUGCUGUCAAAUCGUCCUAUUUCUGUUUGCAAUAUUUUUCCUUUUUCUGAGUCCCUUUGUGAAUCAGGUGCUAACAAUAAGCUGCUAUUGUGUGCCAUUUCAAAGCUUUAGCUUAACUAUAGAGGGACCAAGUGUUAUCUUAGAUGUGUUUUGUGUGUGUUCUUGGUGCAUACAUUGACUUUAAUUCCUUCUUUUAUUCUUUCCUGUUAAGGGAGUGGAGGUUAACUGUGUAGAAAAUAUGCAGGCCCAACCACCUCACUCUCUGAGGUAGCUUCUGAUUGAGGGCGGGGAGUUUCCAUCCAACACUUCCUUCUGAGCAUACAGAGUCCCUACUGUUUGGGGGAACUGUUUAGAGUUUCUUAGUAUUCUUCUUUUGUAAGAGCCUAUCAUUCCCACCCAGUAAAAUAUCUAAUACAGCCCAAGUCAUUUUUGAUGAUGGGGUCUCUGAGAUAGGGAGUUAAAGGGGGGGUUGGGAUAGGGAGAGAGAGAAGGGAAAUGUCUAGAAAGGGGUGGGUAGCAAAAGGGCAUUUGUUUUUAUUUACUUGGAAUAGACCUUUUAGCAUCCCAGAGAAGGGAAAUAGGACUUGAUCUCUAAUUGUAUUGCCAUAGAGAGAAUGGUAGGUCAGGAUCCCUUGAAGUAGUUAGAUUAAAUAUUAAAGACAUGAAUGGCAGUACUGUUGUAUGAUUUUGCGUAUUUUUCUGGAUCAGCCAUGGAAGUUGGAAAAAUGUUGCUAUAUCUUCUGGGUUUGGGGGUUCCAACUGGCUUAUUGGUAAGGUUGGAUUACAGAGAAUCAAACAGACAAGUGGUUCAGAGAUGGUACUUGAGCAGGAGAAACCUGAAGCCUAGGAUGAUUGCCUACUUUAAAAUAAAGCUGCUUUAAUAAUAUCAGUAUUAAUAUAGGAAUAUUAGACCCUACAUUUACAUUUUAGUUUUAAGCUUUCCCCUAAAAAGGAGAAAGAAAUAAAUCUUAAUAUUUCUGUUCUUGUUUCUGGCUUCAGGGAAAUUACUUACAAAUGUAUAAAUGUACAUUCCCUUCCUAUCAUUACCUCUGUGGGAUCCCUUAAUUGUAAUGCCAGAGUUGAGGUCUCUUAAUUGAAAUAUGGGAGAACUUGGCUUUAGGUUUUCUGUAUAUUGAACUCAGCACCUUAAAAGAUGUUCUUUUUCUCUGUCAGAUCUGUGUUUCAUAAUUUUUGCCUUUGCCUCUCCUCCUUUUUCAGCCUUAGCACUGCAUUAUUAAAAUGUUUGUGUCUGCUUAGCAAUAUUAGAAAUCUGUGGCAUGCAAAAUGACUUUCUUUCUUUAUAUUGCUGUAAAAGAAAUGAAUUUAACAGAGGGCUCUCCAGUUGAAGUUAGGUGUUUUGUGACCAGGGCAUUUUUAACACCCCUUUGCUGCACGUAUAUAUUGUGUACGUUUAUAAAUACAUAUGAAUUUUCCCACUUUUCUCUUUGUUUAUUUGAGGUUCAACUCUAAAGUACCUGGUAAAAGCUGGAAAUAUUUUUAUUUCAUUAAAAACAUUAGAGAGGGUUUCUUUCAAUUGAGUAAAGGCACUGAGGAAGAAAAAGCAUUACUUUGGCCCUGUUUCUGAGAGGCAUGCUCAACAGGCAGUAAUGAGAAACCUGAGGAGUGAGGCCCUAGGGAGAGCUAGUACCUAGCUUUGCAGAGAUUUCUUUAGCAUACAGUGUGAUGACAUCGCGUAAACUGAAAGAUUCAGAGCAGGGUCAGGGGUAGAGAUGGAGCUGCCUUUCCACAGAGCAAACCUCCUUUCAGCUCCUAUGGUAGCUGUUUUGCCUGGCAUUUGUAUAAUUUCUUACACCUCUGAAAAGGAAAGAAACCCUAGAUAAAGUUCCAUGGCAGAAGGAGCAGACAUUCUAUACAUCUGCUUCCCAGUUUAGACAUCUCAGCCUUUGAAGGAAUGAUCAUUUUGAGAAAGCUUCUGUGGCUCUUUCCUAACAAACAACAUUAUGGACCCCCAGAGCUAGAAGACAUGAGGCAUAUAGUGAACUAUUCCCAGAAUUUUAAUAUUGAGUGGGAAUCGGUUUUUGUCCAGAUUUGUUGGAGAAUGGCCUCCUGUUCUCUACUUGUUAUAUAGACAUCUCUGUAUGGCCAGAAAAGGAGCUUUAGAAUGGAAUACAUAUUAAGAGCGCCUACGUGCUGCUCUAGGCUCUUAUCUAUUUCCACUUUAUGUGAUCUUUUCCCCUUCUGAGUUAGUACUCUAUUUCCUAUGCCAAUAUAUUUAACAAGAGACCAGGAGCAAGAAGGAUGUGAAUUCGAAUUAAGUAGCUUUGAACCUGUGGUGCUGCCUUUUUUUUUUUAAGCCUCUGUUAAGAUUAGGAGGUGGGGUGAUAUCCCUAGACUCCAGACUACUACAUAGCAAUUUGGCUUGUUAAUGGCAGGAAAUCGUGAUUCCCUGUCUCUCUCCUCCCCUUUCCCCUCUAACUACUUCUGCGUCUGUGACCCCAUUGUUCUUAUCUCAUUGAGUCUUUCCCAGGCACUAGAAUUUAAUUAAUAGGUCAUUACUAAUCUAUGGGCCUUGUCUUUCCUCUUUCUGUUCCCCUCCUUCCCUACCACAUAUUUUCUGUUUAUUCUUAAGUGGUUUGUUUCUGAGAAUUAAUCUAGGUCAUACCCUAUAUCCUGUGCUUCCUAGUUGGUUUCAGGCAUCUUGCUCUAUCAACAGUAAUGAUAGCAGCAGCUCCCUUCUCUGGCUUUGCCCUGUGUACUGUCCUUCUGCCAAGGCCAUUUGUGUUGGGGGGAGCAGAGAAAGGGUAGGUGGGGUGCCUAGCUUCUUCUCAAAACAUCUUCAGUUUUUCAGGUUGUCUGACAGCUUUAUGUACAGUAUGUUUUAAGAAAACUUAAGUAUACUUCUCUUUUUUACUUAGGAUUUUAAUUAAAUAGGGUUUGAUUCUGAUGAGCAAGUUUGUGUGUGUGUGUGUGUGUGAGCAUUUGUGUGUAUUUACACCUAUACAGAUCUAUAUUAUAUAUACAAUU